AUGAUCGAUGUUCAAGAUGAGUUACGAUUAAAUAUAUUAUUAAAAUUAGCACCUAGGACUGAAUUUACUUCAUUCAUUGAUCAUCUUUAUCCAAUAGAUGAAUAUACCCGGAUUCUGUUUUAUACUUAUUUGAGUCGAAAGGAAGAAUUGUCAAAGAAAGCAGAAGAACAGAUUAAAUCAUCAAUGCUUCGAACUGAUGCAACUCAUAUUAUCACUGGUGUAAGCUGGGGAAUUUAUUUUGUUGCAGUCCUACAAUUACCACCUGACACUACAAUGGUUGAAACCAUCGAUAUUACACUCGAGAACAUCAAAACAUCCUUGUUUGAUGACGAUAAUUUUGAAGAACUAACUUUAAAUGAGCCAGAUGAACCUCAGAAGUUUAUCAAUAUGAAAGUCUAUUCGAAUAUUCCUACACUAGCUAGAACGACGUCAUUAACAGAUGCAUGUCAAAAGAUACGUCAUUUCAAAGUAAAUGAUAUCGAGCAUCGUCCAAUAAAUUAUGAUCUUCGUGUUAUAAAAGAAAUCUAUCCUCAACAGACUGACCCAACAAAUACAGUUGGUAUACGGUGCAAUGACCAAGUUGAACAACGUUUCCUUGAAUUAUUAAGUACAAUCAAAUAUCUAUACUCAUCUAUCAAUGACAAUAUAUCAAACGUAUUGCGUGAAUAUUUCAAAGUACAACUGUGUGACAUAAAUAUACGAUUAUUAGCUAUAAAAAAGAAGUACGAGGACGAACGCAAGCGAUUUGUCACAUUACUUCUUGAUUGGCGUCAUGCUUAUACUGGAAUAUCUCAAAUUGAAGAGGCACUUAAUGAUGAACAACAAAACAUAUUGAUAAAAAAUAUCGAUGAUUUGAAACAGGAUCAACAAGACUUAAAGGCAAAAGAACAGUUGAUUAAUAAUUUACAGAAACAAGAAAUUCAAUAUUGGAAUGCAGCUGGACGUGAUUUAAAUCAAUUUGAUUACGAACAAAGAGUAGAACAGAUGUUAAUCAGAGAUGAUGGACUCGAUCGAGUUCUCUGUUCUAAUGAUACCUUGAACAAAAGCAAAUCGCCAAUAUUUAAUAAACUACGUGAUGAACUUCUUGAACAACGCAAGAGCAAUCCUAAUCUGCGUCUUACUUACGCUGAUUUUUCAUAUUGCUCCUUCCCAGUAUCCAAUAUAAUCAUAUUACCACAAAACCAAAUGAAAAACAAGGAAGACACUAGAAAACAGAGUACAUCUAUACAGGCUAUUCAUCCACAAAUCUGUGAUACACCAGCCUCGUCAUCUCAGGACGAUAUCGUCAAUAUUCUUCUUCUCGGUGAAAGUGGAGUGGGUAAAUCAACAUUUAUCAAUGCUUUUGUCAACUAUCUUACAUACAAUACAUUAAAUCAAGCUGAAUUGAAUAAACCUGUUGUACUCAUACCUGUCUCAUUUAUGAUCACGGUCGGCGAUAACUUCGAAGAGCAUAUGAUUCAAUUUGGUGAUGCUGAUAGUACCGAAAAUGAAGACUUUGAUCAUCCUGGUCAAUCUGUGACACAACGUUGUAAAUCUUAUAUCUUUCAUUUGAAACAUCAUAAUGGAAAAAGAUUGCGUAUUAUUGAUACGCCUGGCUUCGGAGAUACACGAGGUUUAGAUCGAGAUGAUUUCAAUAUGCAACAUAUUUUGACAUAUGUCAAUAAUCUGACACAUCUGAAUGCUGUAUGUUUUCUUCUCAAACCAAAUGUGACGCGACUGAAUAGCUAUUUUCGAACAUGUGUUACUCAGUUGUUAGCUCUUCUAGGUACCCAUGUUGAUAAAAAUAUUAUCUUUUGCUUUACUAAUGGAAGAAGUACUUUUUACACUCCAGGAAAUACUGGUCCUCUACUUCGAGUCAUGCUCGAUUCACUCUCCAUGAAUCACGUUAUAUUAAAAAAACAUAAUACAUUCUGUUUCGAUAGCGAAUCAUUUCGAUACUUAGUCUCUAGACAACAGUCAAUAGCAUUCAAUGAUCUCGACAAACAAGAAUAUGAAAUAAGUUGGUCAAAUUCAGCAACUGAGUCAACUCGUCUUAUCAAUUAUAUUAUCAAUAGUCUCCCGGUAUAUCAUAUACAUAAUCAAUUGAAGUCUAUUAAACAUGCUCAACUUGAAAUUAUUCAUAUGAUUCGUCCACUUUUAGAAGCAAUGAAAAAUAUUCUUCGAAAUAUUAUCUUAUUCGAUAAUGAGCCUUCGAAAAUAUCGAUUAAACUAUGUCCAAAAGUUAUUUAUCAUCCUACCACUAUUUGUCUCUCAUGUGACCGUCAUGCUAUACAAGUGGCUAAGUUCUGGAUUUUAUGUGAUUAUCAUAAUGAAGUUAAAAAUAAAAGACCCACUUGUUUGUGUGCUCCUGAUCGACACCAAUCAAUCGAUUAUACAUUGGAGUAUGAAACCAUCAACAGUCCUGCAAAUCAUGAUAAAAAUAGAUUGAUGGAUCAGCUUGCAUUAUUACUUCAUACCUGUAUUGAGUUUACUCAUUUUCUUAUGAGCACAGCUCACUCUCUGAGAGAUGAUCCCUGUUUAGUUGCUUUAACACGAAUGAUUGACGAAGAGAAGGAGAUUUGUUCAGAAAAUAAACCACAACAGUUGAACUCAUAUUUGGUGCAAGAAUUGGAAAAUCUGAAGAAAAAAUAUGAGAGUCGAAUACAUGAAAUAAAACCAAAUCAAAAUAUAAUCGAAUUACCAGUUAUAUAUGAACGAAUUAAAAUUGCCAGUAAUUAUCCAGAAGUAGAUGAACAGAUGGCUGCUGUGAAAAAAGGACAAGAGAACUUGAUGGCACUAAAUUAA